CAUUAAAAGCCUGGACUGCCUUCAUAAACAUCACGAAAUGUGCCCCGAGGCUCCGGGAGCACCACUCAACCCAGAACAAAACGAGGAUGUCAAUUCAUUGAUACGAGACAUUUGCAACAGAGACUCCCUCUUGCAUAAAGUUCUAUCCAAAAGUGCGGGAUGUAUCAAGUCGACUGUCCUAAAUAUGAGAGAAGCUAUCUUUGCACCUCGACUUCAACUUCGCCAAGCUUAUAUCAGAUACAGAGAGUCAGCUGGUGAAUCAACAGAGCUUGAAACUAUGCCUAUAGAAGAAAAAAAUCGUUUUUAUUGUCUGAAUCAUUUUCAAGAUAUCUCAUUGAUGUUGGCGACGGUUGAGGACAAAUGCGGAACGAUGGCUAAAUCAGCAGUUCGCGAAGUGGUCAUCCGGUCGAAAUUCCUGCAAGCACAGAAGUGCACCAAGGAACUUGUUCGCAUCUUGCAGAGUUUGGUGGAUAGCCUGGAGCUGUCCACAGAAAUGAGGAGUCGGAUGAGCGAAUUGAUGACUUCGUUUGUUUCUUGGGAAGAUAAUUGAUUUAUUAUUCCAAUGGCUCAGGUUCGCUAGUGUGGUGUAUCUUUAUCAAACAUUUCUUUGUAAUGCUUGUAAUAAAAUACUUUAACAAUA